AUGUCACAAAAAACUGUACGUAUUUUUUUUUUUUCUCUUCUCUCUACUGUAACGUUUAUAUCGGGAGAAGAGACUAUCUUCUUUCUGUGUGCACGUGGGAUCUCGCAUUCUUCUUUUCUUUGGCUCUUAUUGCCACAUCAAAGGGAGAGAACUAAGAGGAGGGGUGUAAGACAUUUCUUUCUGCAUCAAAGUAUGGAUGUUGCUCUCUUGCUUCAGCGUCAGAUGGAGUUACACGGGGCGCUUCGACAUCCGCCUCACACUGUUGCUCAGCUCCAGGAAGUUUACAGGACAAUGAGGGAGUUGGCGAUUUUCUUCCAGAGUGUGAGGUCCACGGCUGACAUGCUCAGAAGCUCACCGGAAACCGUCUUUCAGUGCCUCAUGCACAUUGGUGUGGGAGACAUUGUCAGCUUUGACAAGCAGCGACGGGAUGGUGCAGUGCCGAUGCAUCAGGCGAAGGUGUUGACUCGAACCAACGCAAUUGAGUUGGAGCCCCGCCUCCGCGCGGCCGUUUCUGCUGCCACGUUGGAUGCCAUGGUGGCCCACAGUAAAACAACCCGAACCCUUCUGCGCAUCAAGGUGGAAGAUGGCAAUGAUUUCACCAUUGCAGAAAACGCACUGCAGCAGUUCAUAGAGUACCUAGACUACAUCGAUGCUGCCUCGGGAAAUGCUCCUGAAGUCAUGUUUAAAUUCUACAUGGUGGAGGAUGAGGCAUCCCUUUUGUCGUUAUUUGGUCGCGGGGCUUCAGAGGCUUCUCUCCGAACUUCUGAGGGUGGAAUUUCAGCAGAAGCAACGGUUACCCUGCCAUGCGAUGAGGAGUUGGAAAACGAGGUACGUCGACUAGCGCGGGUGUGUGCAUCGACAACAGAGUCUGUGGCAGAUCGACUAAGUGCACUGCGAGUUAUUAAUCGAUGGAUCGACAUGAUGGGGGAGGAGAGUUUUCUUCACAAUAUUUCUCGGGUGGUUUCCCAUAUUUCAGGAACUUUGUCCGUCUGUGCGGCGGAAAAACGUUCUGCGGUUUGCCGGCAGGCAUGUAAUGUUAUGGUGAGCAUCGCAAGAAGGACCCCUGCGAGGCUUUAUCACGAUGGUUCACUGAAGGUAGCUCUCUCUAAGUGGUGCUCUGUUCUUGUGCGCGGUGUCUUCGUCACGGUGUCAGCAAUCGCACAGGCCACAGAUGUGGCUCUCAGAGCUCUUGUUAUUGGCAGCGGGGGCAACGCAGCCGCGUUUAAAAGCAUCAUAGAGGGAUUAGAAUCCGGCACUCACCCAGAGCUGCGGCGCAAGUGUUUGGGUUAUCUUGUCGUUGGCGUUGUCGCUUCAGGGGGUGAAGUUUGCUCGUCUCGAUCUCGGCUUGCCACAGUGUCGAGCAAAUACAUGGAAACUGGAGACACCGCGUGUAGGAAGAUGGCAAGGGCGCUUUAUAUUGCCCUUGUCUACUUCACAGGAGUAUCCAACGUGGUGGUUAGCAAGAAAUCCGAGUCUCUUAUUCAUCAAGAGGAGAUUGAGCUGAAGGGAGUUUUACAUGAUGUGGAGGCCGUAGAAAGGAUGAUUUUCGGCGCCAGUGUGGAAAAGCAGUCCUCCGUCGUUUGUGGCGCCCAGGCCGGUUCGGUUCGCCGCAGCAGCAGCACCAAUGCAUCCUCCACGACAACAGAAGCGAAACAGGACUUUAUAACUUCUGUCACUACUGACAUCUACGACACCUCCGCCAUGCUCGGGGGGGCCUGA